AUGGCCACUCCCCCAGCCUUUGCAGCGCUGGCUCGCUCCAGUGCGCGGACAAGCCGGCUCCAGCAGACAUACGCAGCCGGAUCCAGACGAUAUGCAAGGCAAUUCACGACAAGUCCACGAGCAUCAUUCCGCCAAUCCGCUCCAACACGACAGAACAGGGAGAAGUUCCGGUCGAAGCUGGGGUCUGCAUUGAAGAACACUAAGGUCCAAUGGUACCCCAUACCUGUAGGACUGGGCAUCGGCUUCUUGGGUCUGGUACAAUUCUACAAGACUCAGGCUCGAGAGAAGGAAAGGAUUGAAAGGGAAGCAGAGGAGGGACAACCAGGAGAACCAGGAGCCCGACCCAAGAAACGGCCGAGGAUAAGGCCAGACGGACCAUGGCAAGUCAGAGUCAUGUCUACGUUGCCGCUCAAGGCUCUAUCUAGACUUUGGGGCAAGUUCAAUGAAAUCAACAUACCGUAUUACCUGCGCGUUCCCGGUUUCAAGCUGUACUCCUUCAUAUUUGGUGUCAAUUUGAGCGAGGUAGCUGAGCCCGAUCUUCACGUCUAUCCCAAUCUCGCAGCCUUCUUCUACCGGAACCUCAAACCUGGUGUUCGCCCACUUGACCCCAACCCAAACGCCCUGCUGGCACCCUCUGAUGGACGAGUGCUUCAGUUGGGGCAGAUCGAGGGUGGUGAUAUCGAACAAGUCAAGGGCAUGACCUACACCAUAGACGCUUUGCUUGGCAAGAAUACGCCAACGCCCAGUAUCUCUAGCCGUGGCUCAGGAAGUUCAGGGGAAUCCACGGAUCCCAAACGCGCAGACAAGGCUCUUCAGAGCGACGAAGAGAUCGUCCGAUCGGACGAAGAAUUCGCACGCGUUAACGGCAUAUCUUAUUCACUGCCUAGCCUGUUUUCGGGAGACAAGAAGACCCAAAAUAAGAGCAAAGGAAUCGAGGAUCAAUCUACGGACACUGACAAGCCAAGCGCAGUAUCUGAAGUUCGCGCCGACCUUGCGUUGGGAGAGAAGCCCUGGUACGACCUUAUCUCAUCAGACAAACGCAAUGGCCUUUAUUAUGUCGUCGUCUAUCUUUGCCCCGGAGACUAUCAUCGAUUUCACUCCCCCACGAACUGGGUUGUUGAGAGGCGCCGUCAUUUCGCUGGAGAACUCUACUCUGUUUCGCCCUACCUACAGCGCACACUACCGGGCCUAUUCACACUGAACGAACGUGUCGUUCUGCUGGGCCGGUGGCGGUGGGGUUUCUUCAGCUAUGUGCCCGUGGGUGCAACAAAUGUGGGCUCCAUCAAGGUCAACUUUGAUAGGGAGCUACGAACUAACUCGCUGACAACCGACACGGCUGCCGAUCGGGCCGCUGAGGAGGCCGCUGAGCGAGGAGAGCCCUAUAGCGGGUUUGCGGAAGCCACGUACGAGGCUGCGAGUGCGGUGCUUGGAGGCCACGCACUGAAGAGGGGAGAGGAAAUGGGUGGUUUCCAGUUAGGCAGCACGAUUGUGCUUGUAUUCGAAGCCCCCCUCAACGAAAUACCAGGCUCCCAAGGCGGAUUCCGCUGGGCUGUGGAAAAGGGCCAGAAGGUCAAGAUGGGCCAGGCGUUAGGAUAUGUCGAAGAAUGA